AUGGCUGCUUCACCUCUCAAGGAAGGGAAAUCACCAGCCUCACCUCAGAAAGAGCUCCAGCUGCAAAGUGAUUUGGCUUCGGGGCCAAUCCAUCUGGCUGCCAGUGGAGGAGCUUCUCUGAGCUGCAGCUGGAAGAGACCUUAUGGCAUUGGGGCCGGUCUGCAGAAUACGGGCAACACCUGCUACCUGAAUGCAGCCCUGCAGUGUCUCACGUACACCCCACCCCUCGCCAACUAUAUGCUGUCCCAGGUGCAUUCUCAAAGCUGCCGUCGCGCGGAUCGCUGCAUUCUGUGUGCCGUGGAAACUCACUUUCUCGGGGCCCUCCACAGUCCUGGGGACGUGAUCCAGCCCUGUCAAGUGCUGGCUGCUGGCUUCCACACAAACAGGCAGGAAGACGCCCACGAAUUUCUGAUGUUUGCUCUGGAUGUCCUGAAGGCAGCAGGUCUGCCUGGGCUCAUGAACGCGGUGGCUCCCCAAGAGGACAAAGCUCCAUCCCAGCAGCUAUUUGGAGGACACUGGAGGUCUCAAAUCCAAUGUCUCCAGUGCCAAGGCACCUCAGACACCUUGGACCCUUACCUGGAGAUCGCGUUGGAUAUCCAGACAGCCGACAGUGUGGAGCAAGCUUUGCAGCACUUGGUGCAACCUGAAGAGCUGGAUGGAGAAAACGCCUAUCACUGUGCUACCUGCCUAAAGAAGACAGCUGCUUCCAAGACACUCACCUUGCAAUCGGCUGGCGAUGUGCUUCUCUUUGUAUUGAAACGGUUUUCUGAUUUCACGGGUAAGAAAAUUGUUGGACAAGUGCACUAUCCCGAGUGCCUGGACAUGAGACCUUACAUGUCUCAGCAGAAUGGGAGGCCACUGGACUAUGUUCUGUAUGCGGUUCUCGUCCAUGUUGGCCGGAGGUGUCAAUCAGGACACUACUUCUGCUAUGUCAAAGCUGGCAAUGGUCACUGGUAUAAAAUGGAUGAUGCUAAGGUAAGAGCCUGUGACAUCACUUCUGUCCUGAAUCAAAAAGCCUAUGUCCUAUUUUAUGUCCGGAAGAGUGAAUUUGAAGGAAAAAAUGGGAAUGUGUCUCUAGGUAGGGAACCAUCACACAAGGAGAGCUUGAAAUGUUUUCCAAUAUUAAAGCUGACCCCUCCCGGGGUCCCGAGCCGACAGGAGCAGGCAGAGCACCAGGGCCGCCCGCUUGAACUGUCUGCAAGCGAGCAGCAGCUCUGCCGUGGACCGAAGCGGCCCGACAACGCCAAGCUUUCAACUCCAGGAUGUGAAGGCAAGCAUUUCCGGUUCACGCCCCUGCAGCUCGUGUGCGGUAGGCUCUUCAAGCUCAGGCUCCCGGGUAUGGGGUGUGGGCAUGGCUGCGGCAGGCAAGACCCCCUGCGAUCCCCCGAGCUGCCGGUGAGAACCUUGCAUUGCUGUGCACAGCCUCGAGGCCCGCUGGUCCACUGCCUGAAGUCGGUCCUGUUCCAUUCCUGCUUAAAACCACUAUGCCCGCCAGACCUUCCUGCUACUGAUGUUUUCAUCGUCUCCUCUCCUCACCCCGCCUAA